AGAUAAUGCGCACCAACACACCAUAUAUUGCGAAGAUCUAACGUUCACGAUGGUCUCCAAUCAGAAAAGUAAGCUUUUCUAGCCACGGUGAGAUUCGAAUACAUCGGCUACCAGUCAUGUUUUAAGCGUUAAAAAAAAAUGUGACAUAUUAAAAUCGUAAAGAACAUAAAGCAAUCGCGCCUUUCAAAGAAACGGUAAACACGAGGAUUCAAGGAGGUACCAAGGGCUAUACAACUGAUAACUAUGCAAAAAUAAAAAAUGAACGACAAAACAUUUUGCCAACGAAAUGCAGAUAUUUAUAAUGCAAUUUUUUUUACAUUUUAAAUUUUUGUACAACUAUGGUAGUCAAAAAGUGCCAAGUCCUUUUCUGAACAACUAGAAUACAUUUGGCAUUAUGAUGAUGCGACUAGCAAAUGACGAUAUUAUUCCUCCAUGACUCAAUGAUCAAAUUAUAGAAAUAUUUCACCACGUAAUUGCUGCGGUGGCAGAUGGCGGGAUAAAUGUGUUCGUGAGAAACAAACUGUUCUUUUGAGUGUCAUUUUGGACGUCAUAUGUGGUAGGGAUUAUGUUGGCAAUGUCAAGUAUUAUGGCACUGCCUUUCUCAGUUAUAAAAUACCCCCCCUCCGGCGGAUACAAAACAUGUUUUACGCCAAAUCGUUUUGCUUUCAGCACUUUACGCCACAUUUUAUCGCACGUCUGAUCUCAAAUAACGUUGAAACUGAAACUAAAGGUUCCAUAUCAACCUGAUCUUCUCAACCAGCUAUAUUUACAUUUAAAAACCUCAAGGUGUAAUAAGGAAAAAGGUUAGAGAAAAGGCGGCAGAUUGUUAAAGGUAGAUAUGCGCCGCUAAAACAAAUAUCGAUAGCGCGCCUAAUCGUUCACACCAUGAUCAACAGCAUUGUUUUGUCAGGAAAAUAAAAUCACUCAAUAUUUUGGAAUGAACUAAAUCCUUUUGCGUUCUAGUGUUUUGGCGUUAAUCGCAUUUGGUGGUAUACAAAAUCAUCAUUCAUCAUACAAUAAUGUGCUUUAUGAUAUAGCGUGUGGUUAGGCUAUCGGCAGAGAAAAGAUAAGCAAAGAAAGCCGUCUCCAAACCACGACUACUGCUUUAAGUGCUCGGCUAGAGUAAUAGCAAAAUUGCAAUACGGCAAGUUGGUCCUGCUCCUUCGCUCCUUAUCGUAAAUGUACUACGUUUUUCAACACUUAAAAAACGGCCGUUCUUUUCUAAAAAUGAUUAAUGUCUAACCUUGAAUACACCAUCUAAGUAGCCUAUGUGUACCUAUUAUUAUUAAAACCUAUUCCCAAACGACUGAAUUAAAAUCUUGAAUGUCUAUUAUGUCUCCACUGGUUAAGUACUGGCGUCGUGACCAGCUGUCUACUGCAUCAAAUAGUUUGUACGUUCAACCGGGAAACCAUUACAGCGGCACUGACAAUAUAGAUACAAGAGUAGACAAGCGCAGUACUUCAUGUUUUACACCAGAGCGAACACCCCGCUAUACUGUCACACUGAUAAUAUUUUUAGUGGAGAAACAACCGCACAAGGCGCAGAUUAGCCGCGUAUUCGACUCAUGGCUGUCACAAUGAAUUGAAAAGGAGCACAAGGCGCAAUUAGCCGCGUAUUCGACUCAUGGCUAGCGUGAUGAAUUCAACAGAAUCACAAGGGAUCAGCCGUACUUCUCUGUUUGCGAUUGGGAGUUUUGAAGUGGUUAUCUUUUUCAUGGGGACUAUCGGCAACCUCCUCCCAUUUAUUGCAGUGAUGCGUAACCCAAGACUCAGAUUCGCGACUAACUAUUAUGUUGUAUCGCUGUCUGUAGCGGAUCUUUUAGUGACUGCAAUCCUGGUACCUGUGCGCGCUGUACAACACUUGUGGAGUUCGCUGGGCAAGUCACACCAACUACCGAAAAUCCUACUCGACGUGGUGGUGUUCAUCGGAAGAGCGACCAUUCUCGCCUCCUUCGCUAACCUUGCCCUUAUGAGUGUGGAUCGCUUGAUAGCCUUAAAGUUUCCUUUACGCUACCGAACAAAGCUGCGUUACUCUGCACCCACGUCGCUUAGCGUUAUAUUCGCGGCGUGGUUUUUGUCUAUUUUCUUGACAAUAAUUGGUGAAUUCCCCGAGGUUUCUUCUCCAAGAGGAAUGAUCGAAUUCUCUGUAUUUUCACUAUCUAUGACCGCCAUUAUCGUCGUAUCUUAUUGUUAUAUUUUUGUCAUCGUUCGGCGCCAAACGCGCUAUAGGAUGAAAAUAAAGAUCAAGUUGGACGAGGCAGGGAGGCCUUAUAGGAACUCAAGUACAGAGGCCCCUUUCGCCACUCCCGCGGAGGAAGGUACAAGUGAGGAAACGCCUUCGCGAAAAUACUCCUCGUUACUGAAGGUAGAUGAGAACCUUAGUUACGAUACAAAUAGAGAAGAGGAUUCGCCAAUAAGCACUGAAAGUUUUAUUAGUAAAAGGGGAUCUGCUGUAGGUACAGACGAAAGGACAUUGAGUGAUGUUUUGAUACCCAGCGAUGACUCGUGCGAGACAGCGCGCGAAACAGUGAACAGCACCCCGCAAAAACACGCGCGGCGCGCAGCGAUAUCCAGUUUUACACAUAACGGCUAUCACGCACUCCUCAAGCAAUCUACCGAAUCGGAGGGAAUAAAACAGCAGUCACAGACAUCACUCUUACUCAGCCCUGUAUGGUCACGGAAUUCAAAUGGUACAGAUAAACCACAGGGUUCUUAUAUACGCGGCACGGAAACUCCAUUGCAAUCAUCUCUUACACGGAAUACAAUCGGUACAGAUAAACAACAGGAUUCCUAUAUACGCUCCACGGAAACGCUAUUGCAAUCAUCUCUUACACGGAAUUCAAUCGAUACAGAUAAACCACAUGGUUCUUAUAUACGCGGCACGGAAAGUCCUUCGCAAUCAUCUCUUACAGAUAAAAGAGGUAGCGAUGGCAUGAAAAGACGUGUAACAAUGCUCACUGAGGAAAGACCUCAUUCCUCCGAGGAGCUUCCGUCACUUGGUCACGAUCACCAAAGUGAUUGCGCGACACCCGUGCACCUGUCCGGCAACACUCUCAACCUCUACGGUGAUGACACCCUGUCCACAUCAUCUAUAAGCAUGUCAGGGUGUGGACGCAAGAGUCGUUCGCCCAGCAUCCUGGUAGUACGCCCUAUCAAUGCUAUCCGCAAGAGAGCAUCCUCCGUGUUCCAUCUUCACGAUCACACGUACUCGUCAGACGAUAAGAGGACUGCAAAGGCGAUAGCAAUAGUCAUUAGCUCUUUCAUUCUGCUGGUCUAUCCUCGUAUCGUACUGAUAUUCUAUCACAUGUUCCGUCCUGAGACUCUGCACACAAGCACUGCGAGGCUGUGGCUCAGGAUUCUCAUUUACACCAACAGUGUGAUGAACCCGAUUCUGUACGCCUGGAGGAUGGAGGAAUUUCGGCGCGAAUUCAAGCACAUAUUUAUUGGCUGUUUCCGGAAACUACGUUGCAAGAGACAUCUCUAAAAGAGUUCAUAGAAACAUCACUCUAUUAUUUACUAAAAGAGUUCAUAGAAACAUCACUCUAUUUCUUACUAAAAGAGUUCAUAGAAACAUCACUCUAUUUCUUACUAAAAGAUUUUAUAGAAACAUCACUCUAUUUCUUACUAAAAGAUUUCAUAGAAACAUCACUCUAUUUCUCACUAAAAGAGUUCAUAGAAACAUCACUUUUUUUCUUACUGCCCGCCAUGCUUAUAUAUCCAGGAUUUGUUGAGGGGGGUGGAGAGGGGUGUGCUUACUCAUGGAAUUUAAAAUAGUUGGCCAUUCUUUUGAAUUCUGCGGCGGUUAGGGAGCCUGCCAAUGAUCUAAUGAUCUAUACAACCACCGUCAAGAUAAUCCAAUUUUUUCAAUAUCAUAAAAAAAGGUCAACUUUGAUACUUAUUUGUCAAAUUUAAAAUGGGAUCAUGUACUGAUAAUUUUUAUCAAAUUACAAUUGGUAAUCAGCU